GCUUGCACACCUACGAGAGCGGCUGCCAGUGAAGGGUUUUCCUGUGAGAGAGACGGCAGAAAACUAAAAAGCAUUUCAGCACCGCACAAAGUGGAAAUCCUCUUGCAAAAAGAAAGUAGAGCUUUCACAGUAUGUGAUGGCAGACAGAGGUCCGGCAUCAGUGAAUGGAAGUUCCUCUGACCUGCAGGAUUAUAAAUGGAGAAGCAGAUGCAGAAAAGAUUGGCUUAGAAGAAAAUUGUUAUUAUUUUUUUUCUCCAAGAAGUUUUGACUGAAAGCAAUUUGCAGCUGUAAGUGAUUUGGGCAUCUCGGGCAAAUCCAGAGAGGGAAAGCCUCUUGACUCCAUUUCUUCUCUACCAGAGGACCCUUUGCUUCCAAGAUGAACCGAUCACUGACCCUGCUAAACUCUUCGGGGGUUAGUGAGAGCAACACUUGGCAGCUGAUCUCUGUCAUCAUUCCCUUGGUGUACUCUUUGAUUUUCCUGAUAGGCACCGUGGGAAACUCUCUGGUCCUUGCAGUGCUGCUGAGGAAUGGGCAAGUGAACAAUACCACCAACCUCUUCAUCCUCAAUCUAGGUGUGGCUGACCUCUGCUUCAUUGUCUUCUGUGUGCCCUUCCAGGCCACCAUCUAUAGCCUGGACGAUUGGAUCUUUGGCCCCUUCAUGUGCAAAGCGGUGCAUUUCUUCAUCUAUCUGACCAUGUACGCCAGCAGUUUCACUCUCACAACUGUAUCCUUAGAUAGGUAUUUGGCUAUAAGGUAUCCUCUGCAUUCCAGAGAACUAAGAACACCCAGAAAUGCUGUCACAGCGAUUUGCUUCAUCUGGGGUCUUUCAUUCAUCUUCUCUGGACCGUAUGUCAGCUACUUCCAGGAGUAUCAGAUUACCAACAUUACUGUCUGUCAUCCCAUCUGGGAAAUGUCACAGCGCAAGAUUAUGGAUCUCUGCACAUUUGUCUUCAGCUAUGUCAUUCCAGUGUUGAUUCUCAGCUUCACCUAUCUAAGGACGAUCCGCUAUCUCUGGACAUCUGUGGAUCCCAUGAAAGUCAUGUCUGAUUCUAAGAAAGGUAAACGCAAAGUCACUCGGAUGAUCAUUAUUGUUACUGUUCUCUUCUGCCUUUGUUGGCUGCCCCAUCACUUGGUCAUCCUUUGUUUUUGGUUUGGCUAUUUCCCCCUCAACAAUGUUACUUUUGUGCUCAGGGUCCUGUCUCACCUAAUCUCAUAUGCCAAUUCCUGUGUCAAUCCUAUUGUCUAUGCCCUGGUAUCCAAGCAUUUCCGGAAGGGAUUCAAGAAAAUCUUCAGUUGCCUUCUGCAUAAAAGAGUAACCAACAAAGUUCAUGUAGCACAGGUGACCCACACAGUUAGUACUUUGGAGGCAGACUUGACGGAGGUAAUAGAUGUCAAUGAGCCUGUACAUAGAGGAGCUUCUACCUGCUGUCACAUCCCAGUUCAGACAUGGGAUGAGGCAGAACAGCUGAGCCAUCAAGAGAUAGCUGCCAAACCUUUCAUCACUUUCAAUGUUACUUAAGAUAAUUCUUGCAGUAGUGGGUUCCAGUCAAAGAAUAAUUGCUAUAAUUGGUUAAAUUUAAGGAACAUGGGAUUUAAAAACCCUAGAAUAGACAGCUGGCUCAACCAAGGCUCCAUAUAGUUAUUAGUUAAUGCCAUAAUCUAUUGUAAAAGGAUUAUAACAGCAACUGUCAUAAACACUGAGGACAAAGUGACCACAAGAGUGAUGGGUAGGGGGAUACUUGAGGGGAAUGGUUAAUACAUUUUUGGCAGAGUGUUUAAUUUAAGAAACUAGUCAGCCACCAACUAUGGAAUAUGGACAAAUAGUGUUACAAGUAUACUUUGUGUUACUGAUAGUAGCGUUCUAUAUCUAUGAAUGGGAUUUGAUUAAAUGGCUCUCAGGUCUUUUUCAAUCUUCAAUGGUGUGAGUUUCAGAGAAGGUAGAUAAUUAUGCCAGGGAAUGAAGCUGGUUGGUUGGGUCAGGGACUUUGAAACAGUGGGGUGAGCUACCAUGGACUAAAGUAUUGUUUAUACUCAGGCCUUAAACUCAGGCUCAGAAUACAAUAUUCUUAGGAAUCUGCAACAUGGACUCACUAAAAUUUAUGUAUGCAUAAAUGAACUGUUACUCAUGUUAGAUUUCACAAGAACAUUCAUGAUGUAUGGUGAUAUACUUCCCACCCAUUGUAAAAUAAGAACAACAACAGCCACUCAAUGUACAGCAUGUGCUUUGCUGUUGGUUGAAUUGGCUCCCCUGGGGCACUAGAUUAUUUUCUCCACAGGGCCUAUUUCUCUUAUAAUGGCUACAAGAAAUCAAUUUUGUGCUGAUGGCAAGGACUGAAAGAAGAACAUUGGAGAGAACAUGCUUUUUAAAAUCUCUAUAUAAUAAAACGAUACUCAUUUGUGAUACUUAUUUCCUGAAAUUCAAAUUACAAAGACAAUUCACAAAGGCAUUUUGACCAUCUGGAGAUUGCAAAAACAAAACAAAGCUGGAAUUCUACGUAACUGCAUUAUGUAUAUGCCAAAGGCAUUUGUUUUAACAUGCCCCAUUUUUGUAGCAGAAGUUUGGAUAAGAAUGGGUUCUUCUACAGCAUAAUGUCUGGAUGACUUUUUUUAAAAUAAAGAGAUCAUUAUAUGGCAAAUAUAUCUUACUUUCAUUGCAAUGUCAUUUACACCAAUUUAACACAAGGUAAUUUUCAGUAUACUUUGGGUGAUGUUCAACGAACUGAAAUUCACAUAUCCUCUUGUCACUUUGGGCA